UAUGUGCAUCUUAGGUCUCCCAGUGGUGAAUAGUCACGGCUUCAGCACAUUUAGUGUCGAAUUUAGAAUUGGCGUAUUGCACAAUAAAUUCGGUUUUUUGUUUUUUUUAAAAACUCCCUACAGAGAGUUUGCAUGUCCCUCAAGGCAAAAUGAUUCACACCCACUCCAUAACUUGUUACAUCUAUGGCCUCCAUGAUUUGUUUAUAUUUAUGUUUGCAUGAUCCGUGUUAUUGAUUGUAGUGUUUACAUCAAUCUCCACAGUUCAUAUAAAUUUUAUCCUACAUUUGCACAUGGGCUAUUUUUUUUGUUUGUGCACUAAAAAUUGCGCAUUGGGAUGGCUUCUUCUCAAGAUGCUUGGUAUUUAUCGCUGCUUGGUUUAGCUGAAAACUUUCGUACGUCAAGCCCACCUAAUAUUAAAUUAUGUAUUCAGUGUUUACAAGCCGUGUUUAAUUUCAAACCACCGCCAAGAGUGGAAGCUCGGACACACCUACAGCUGGGAAAUAUUUUGUUGACUCAUACGAAAAAUAUUGAUUUGGCUCGGACUCAUUUGGAGCAAGCAUGGCUGCUCUCGCAGAUGAUCAACACGUUCGACGACGUGAAGUUCGAGGCGGCGAGCGUGCUGGCAGAGCUGUACGAGCAGCAGUCGCAGUCGAACCUGUCCAAGCCGAUCCUGCGCAAGGCCAUCGAGCUGUCGCAGCACAGCGUCUACUGGCACUGCCGCCUCAUCUUCCAGCUGGCCCAAAUCCACGCAACGGAGCGAGACUAUGAGCUGGCCAGCAGUCUGCUGGGCGUCGGGGUGGAUUACGCCCACAUCUCCUCUGCCUUCUACACCAGGGUGCUGUUCCUGUUGAGCCGGUGCAUGCUGAUGCUGAUCGACAAGAAGUUCCAGGACGUGCACACGCUGCUGACGCAGGCCGGCCAUCUGGUGGACAACUGGCAGGGCUCCCAGUACCAGAAGGAGUACCUCAAAGUGUUCUUCCUGGUGCUGCAGGUGUGCCACUUCCUGAUGGCCGGCCAGGUGAAGACCGUCAAGCCGUGCUUGAAGCAGCUGCAGCAGAGCAUUCAGACGAUCAUGCAGCCUUCCUGGCCGUCUGACGAAAGCGUGAGCGGGCCGAACGCUGGGGACAUGUUCAUCUGGAUGCCCAAGGAGCACCUGUACGUGCUGGUGUACCUGGUCACCGUCAUGCACAGCAUGCAGGCCGGCUACAUGGACAAGGCCCAGAAGUACACCGACAAGGCCCUCAUGCAGAUAGAGAAGCUCAAGAUCGUGGACAACAAGCCGAUCCUGUCGGUGUUCCAACUGAUGCUGCUGGAGCACAUCAUCAUGUGCCGGCUGGUGAUGGGCAACAAGUCGCUGGCGCUGCAGGAGAUCUCGCAGGCGUGCGUGCUGAGCCAGCACCAGCCGCGCCUGCUGUCCGCGCACCGCCCCCAGCUGCACACCCUGCUCGGCCUCUACGCCAUGAGCAUGAACUGCAUGGAGGCCGCCGAGGCCCAGUUCACCGCCGCCCUCCGGACUUCGCAGGAACGGGAGCUGUGGACGUUUGCGAACCUGAACCUGGCCAUCGUGUACCUGCGAGGGAAGCGGGAGGCUGAGUUUGCCGCCCUGCUGGAGCGGAUAAACCCGGAGAACCUCCCGUCGCACUCCCACAGCCUGAGAGCGGCGGCCUACUACGUGCAGGGCCUGCAGUCCUUCUUCCAGGCUCGCUACAACGAGGCCAAGAGGUACCUGCGGGAGACCCUGAAGAUGGCCAACGCGGAGGACCUGAACCGCCUGACGUCCUGCUCGCUGGUGCUGCUGGGCCACAUCUUCCUGUCGCUGGGCAACAGCCGCGAGAGCAUGAACAUGGUCACCCCGGCCAUGCAGCUGGCCAGCAAGAUCCCGGACGUGCACGUCCAGCUCUGGGCCUCCGCCAUCCUCAAAGAUCUGUACAGGCUGUGUGCGGAUCCGCGCGAGAACGAGGCCUUCACCAUGCACUGCAACUUCUCCCAGAUGCUGCUGAAGGACCACUUCCAGGCCUCGCAGAUGGCGGAGCACAACCUCAUCCACUGGACCGAGGGCAGCUGUCCGUUGCUGGUGGAGCACCCCCCCAGCACGUCGGGAGCUCUGCUCUGAGGCUAGCUCCGGUCCCGUCACACUCGGCGGACGUGCAACCGUUGGGUGCAGGCCAGCAGAGUUAUCGAACGUGCAUUGGCUGUACAGUGGUGCAAAUAAAACUUUGGAGGUGUUAAGUGCAAGGAAUGCAUACUGAGCUACCUACCAUAUUUACCCGCAGAAGGGAUGUUCCUGCAUGUGAUUCGCGCCUAUAAUUUGAGUCACAAAAAUUCAACUUUUUCACAGUAAUAGUUGCCCUUGAAUAUGAAUUGCACCAUAUAUAUAUAUAUAUAUAUAUAUAUAUAUAUAUAUAUAUAUAUAUAUAUAUAUAUAUAUAUAUAUAUAUAUAUAUAUAUAUAUAUAUAUAUAUAUAUAUAUAUAUAUAUAUAUACACACAUACACAUACACACACACACACACACACACACACACACACAGCGAAACCCCUUAUUUACGUUACCGUUAUUUACGUUUUCCCGUCAUUUGCACUAUAUUCUUCAGGUCCCGUUUGGUUCCCAUUUAGUCCAAUACAAUACUUUCACGCGAAUUACGUCUCAAAAAUCGAAUCCAUCUCGCUAUUUACGUCACGUAACAACCAUAGUAGGCCUAAAAAAUUGUGAAAAACAUAACGUUUAUAGUCGGCAAUGAACAUUUUAAAUCGCAAAAUAUACAUAUUUUAUAACAUGAAAAGUUGCCUUUAUUUCUAAACAUAUAAUAAUUUAAGCCUAGGAGUGUUAAAGUCCGAGUAAGAGCACGUCUACAAUAGUCCGAACCUGUGCGUGGUCCGUGUCCUUAUCCGAAUGUGAGUGACGUCACAUUGUCUCACCGAAAACUGCCCUGUCCACAAUUGCGAUGUCCGAUGUCCAAAUGUAUUGAUUUCUAAAGUUGUCACCAGAACGCAGUAAAUGUGCCAAACCAAAUGUUUUGGUUUAUUGUUUUGAUGCUUUGUAGUUUGAGAUUGAACUUAUGAAAGUUAUGUAAGUUAUAAGUGACUAUUAACACCUUCCAUUUCUUUCAAUAACAAAAACAAACACCACGUUUUCAAAUGGGAACCGGAAAUUCAAAUAUUGUGAGUGUUCUGUUUUUUUUCUGUGUCCGAAGUACACAGGUUGGGACAAAAAGUUAAAAUUGACGAAUGUCUUCAGACCAGGUAGGUUCGGACCUUCGCCCACAUGACGCAUGACGUCAGAGGGUCACGUGGACCAAUCAGCGACGAGUGUUCUUCGGACACAGUUUAGGACAUAGCUAUUGUAGACAGGCCAUAAUUAUAGCAGUAGACAAUCUAAAAUGUACUAGGGAAAAAUGUCAACUCACGAAUAUAUAAACGUACCGGGAAUAUCGGGAAUAUUACGACUUUACGAGGCUGCUUGUAAGUUGUGAUACUAUAUUUAUGUCACAACUUAGCCGAAAUACUAGUACGAGACAUAAAUUUCACAAGAUAAAAUGAGCAGAGACUUGGGAACUGUUUUAUACGUAUUUCAUAAUUUCGGAAAUAUUGUACAGUUGACGCAUAUUUUUUAAACUAACCAUUUAUUUCUGGGGAUCGUAAAUAAUUAUUUAUUGGUAUCAAGACAUCAAGAUAAACGUAAACUUGAACAUGUCACGGCAGCGAGAAAACUGGUGCGUAUACCAAUAAACUGGUAUUAGAACUGGACAAAACUGGUACACGGGAGGUGGAGCUUAUAUUAUUUUCCCGCUAAGCUCACAUCUAUUGGCUGGCUGCUGAUGGAAGGUCACGAGUCUGGGUGGAGCGUUGAGUGAGUUAUACUGCGCAUGCGCAGCUCAGUGAACAAAGAGAACCAGCAGCCGCGCCAUAACAACAGCCGAUUGAGUACAAUGACCUUUCUCCGUGCACGGCGUGCUAUUGACGGUAAAUUUUAAAAACCAAACCAGGAGAGUUAUUUACAUAUAAAUUUGCAUAAGGGUAGCACUACAUUUUUUUAAAACUAAUAAUUGACAUAAAAUGUGCGACCCAUACGCUGGUAAAUACGGUACCACUUAAACUCCGGUACUGAAUUCUAACUGACGCAUUGCAUCUAAAUGUGUGACUUCACAUGUGCGAGUAAAUAUUCUCCAUGCAGUCUGGCUCACCCAGUUGUCAAACAGUGAGGUGAACGUCGUACCGGUAGCUCUACUAACAUGCUGAUCAGGGAGAGGGUGAUAUAAUAAUGAUAUUUCUUAACAUAGUCAUUGCAUUACAGCUUGCUUCUUACACAUGGAUGCCUUAAUCACACAAAAGCAGACCCAGUUGUGUAGCGAUUUUCAGAAUGUUUGUUUUGGGACCCUCUGUUAGCCAUAUACGUAACUGUGUAACAUAAGUGAAUAUACUUUCUGUAUGAUUGUU